AUGUCCAGGGCUUUCAAGAGUAAACAGCAACACUGGAGGCAGCAUGACAAAACUGCAAGGGAAAGGAAAGUUAUUAAAUGUAAGGCUGCUGUUGCCUGGCAGGUAGGCAAACCUCUAUCUCUUGAAGAGGUGGAGGUUGCUCCACCAAAAGCUCAUGAAGUUCGUAUCAAGAUAGUUGCCACUGCUCUCUGUCACACUGAUGCCUAUACUCUGAGUGGUGCUGAUCCUGAAGGAUGUUUCCCUGUGAUCUUGGGUCACGAAGGAGCAGGCAUUGUAGAAAGUGUCGGGGAAGGAGUAACAAAAGUAAAGCCAGGGGACACUGUAAUCCCUCUAUACAUCCCCCAGUGUGGAGAGUGCAAGUUUUGUAAGAAUCCUAAAACAAAUCUGUGCCAGAAGAUAAGAAUUACUCAAGGGAAAGGACUCAUGCCUGACGGUACCAGCAGAUUCACAUGCAAAGGAAAGCAGAUUUAUCACUUUAUGGGGACUAGCACCUUCUCCGAGUAUACUGUGGUGGCUGAUAUCUCAGUAGCCAAGAUAAAUGCUGCAGCACCUCUUGAUAAAGUGUGCCUGCUGGGUUGUGGCAUCUCUACUGGCUAUGGGGCUGCUGUUAACACUGCUAAGGUGGAAGCUGGCUCUAAGUGUGCUGUCUUUGGUUUAGGAGGAGUUGGUCUGGCAGUUAUUAUGGGCUGUAAAAUAGCAGGAGCAUCCCAGAUCAUCGGCAUUGACCUUAAAAAGGAUAAGUUUGCCAAAGCCAAAGAGUUUGGAGCUACUGAGUGCAUUAGCUCUGAAGACUUCAAGAAGCCUAUACAGGAGGUGUUGGUUGAGAUGACUGAUGGUGGCGUAGACUACUCAUUUGAUUGCACUGGGAAUCCUGGAGUCAUGAGAGCUGCCUUGGAGGCCUGCCACAAAGGCUGGGGAGUCAGCGUGAUAAUUGGAGUAGCUGCUGCUGGUCAGGAGAUCUCCACAAGGCCAUUCCAGCUGGUAACAGGGCGGACGUGGAAAGGGACUGCGUUUGGAGGCUGGAAGAGUGUAGACAGUGUACCGAAACUGGUGAAUGACUACAUGUCCAAGAAGAUCAAGGUUGAUGAAUUUGUGACACAUACCCUGCCUUUUCACAAAAUUAAUGAAGCUUUUGAGCUGAUGCAUACAGGAAAGAGCAUUCGAACUGUGCUAAAUUUUUAGAGCCAAAUGUGGACCUUUCAGUUGGCCAGCAACGUGAUAACUAUCCAUCUAGAAUGGAAUUUCUGAUAGAGAGUAGAAUCAAGCAAAUGGAAGAUUCACUGGGACUGGGAAGACUGUAAUCUA